CCUCCACGUCUUCUAGGACCUCAUCAUGUACGGGGCGAGGACCCUCUAGGCCGUCGAUGGCUAUAUGCUGGUCUAUCUCGCAUGUCAUCCGCUACUGGACUCGGUGUGUACACGGAUGCAUUUGAUCGGAUGUCUGAGGACCAGAUUACAUGGAUUCCGUUUACACCUGAGAUGUUAGCAGAGUUGCCCCCAGCUGGACGAGAGCAUACUCACAUAUGGCGAGCACGUGUGCCGUUGAUAUAUUUUGACAUUGUUGAGCUUCAUUUGCCUGAUAGAGUCUUGAGACAGUUUGGGUUUGAGCAGGUGGUUCCACGGCCUAUCGACACUUAUGUUGAGCUGCAUAGGCUAGAUAGGCGUGGGAAGCAUACAGAGGAUUGGGCACUCAGACAUGUCCGAUAUGUGACUAUGUGGGAAACGAGAGCUGAGCUAGUUGUGGCCGGGACACCGACAUAUGUGCCAUCUGUUUCAGGAGACUACAUGGGAUGGUAUUACAGCAUCACUCGUUUGUUUGUGUCUCCUUCGUUCAGACUCCCUACUCAUCAUUAUCAGCCUAGUUCCUUAGCUUUGCAUCUUACGACACGAGCUUUGCAGCGCAUACAUCAGCGGGCUACUGCCACAGUG